GGCGCGCGCUGGGCAGCCCCUCUGGCACACCCAACUUCGGAAUCAAUUGCUGCUUCCGGCCCCGGGCCUCCACAGCACCUUGCGACGUCGGAACCAACCUCUGCGGCUGCCUGGUGCCUCCACAGCACCUGUUGCGUGCGACGGGAGACGGGAGCUGUGAAAGACCCGCGCGCAAAUCUGCAGAUCUGCGCAAAAAUAAAGGGCGGGGCGGGCGUCCGGUCACGCAGCCCCCGCGGCGGCCGGGUAGCUAGGCGGCCUAGCUCUAAGCAAAGCAAAGAUAUAUAUUUAAGUCGCGCUGGCAAAGCGGGGGCUGCCCAUCAUGGCGACGGACCUAGAGCGCCUGCAAGAAGAGGACGAGCGCCUGCGCGCGGAGCUCCGCUGGCGCGAGAUCGGUGACGGCGCGGCAUUAGAGGGAGGCGCCUGGACCGAGCACCUCGGUUUUAACGUGGCCGUCGUGGACCAGGAGAAGGACCUCAAAUACAUCCCGAACUGGCGCGCGGAUCAUGUGAUCGAGGGCCUCAAGGACCUCGCCCGCGCCGGGGGCUACUCGGUGCUGUCGCUCUGCGGCUCGGUCGCGGUGCUGAAGCGCUUCGACCACCAGGUCAAACUCGCGCACUGCUACCGCGCGCCGGGCGACAAGCUUUAUGUGUGGGCGCCGGCGCCCGACCAUCGGCCGCCGCCGCCGCCGCCGCCCGAGGUCUCGACCUUUGCCACCAUGUGCGACGACCUGCGGACGCACCUGCGCCUCACGGGGACGAACGUGCAAGUCCUCGCCGCGGCCUGCGCCCAGCUCGGCGUCGCGGAGACGAGCGGCACGAGCGAGGAGCGGGCCGCGCGCUGCCGCGCGAUCCUGCUCGGGGGGCCGCCGCCACCCGCGGCGGCGCCCGAUCCGUCGCGCGCGGCGGCGCCCGACGCUCCCGACGCGCGUCCCGACGCCGACGCCGCGGCCACGGACCUGCGCGUGCGCGUGAGCUGCCCGGCCGGCGCGUCCGCGGGCGACGUGGUGACGACGACCCUCCCCGACGGCCGCAGCAUCCGCGCGCCCAUCCCGGCGGGCCUCGCGGCGGGCGAGGCGUUCACGAUCCGCGUGCCGGCACUACCAGGUUCCACAGACGAGGAGGUGCCGGUGCAGGCGAUGCGCCUGGAAGCGUCCCUCGACAUCGAGGUCCCCGCGGGGCGGCUAGGGCUCCACUUCGACGUCGGCAACUCGCACCGCGUCGUCCGAGUCUCGCAUUCGAGCCCCCUCGCGUUCCGCGUCGACGUCGGGAACCGCCUCGUCAGCAUCCGAGCGCCGGGCCGAUCGUUAUUCGUCUGCGGUCCGAAUACGUACGGCCACGACAUCGUUCGAGAGCUCCAGGCGGCCGCCGCGGGGCCCGGGCGCGUCCUGAGCUUCGCCGUCGCCCGGGCCGCGCGACCGGCGCCGACCGGCGGCACGCGCGAGGUGCGGGCGCCGUCGGGCCCGCUGAUGGGCGUGGAGACGGUGCCGGAGCCCGAGGGACGUCUAUCCGAGGGCCAUUCGAGUCCUCCAAGCCAUGCUUUCCCCGACGCGCGGUCGUUCGCUGGAAACUUUUGUACCUGCUUUCCGUGCUUUCCAUUUGUCCCUUUCUCAUGCGAAAAAAUCAUAUCUCAUGACAGCAAUUCCUACCAAGCCAAGGGCUGGACGAUCAUGUUCCUGCCUAUUCAUAUUCUUCCUGGUUGUAUUCCUAUUCCUCUAUGCUGGGACCUUCACUUGGCGCGUAAGCACGGCAAUACUUUUGAAGUCACGACGCGCUGCGCCCACGGAAAUACGCAUGACUGGACGAGCGCAGACGGGUUUCGUUCCGGCUGUUUUUGCUGCCCGACUGUAAGAUGCUCACUAUGCGCAGCUCGUCGAGGAUGUGGCGGUAUUUACGUCGCCGCCUGUGCCGGGGGACUAGCCGCCGGUGCCGGGGUACUACUUCAGGUACUACUAUGCCCGCUACUAUGUCUGGCGCGGUGUGACGGUGGGUGUGACGGUGGGUGUGACGGUGGGUGUGGCGGUGGGUGUGGCGGUGGGUGUUAA